AUGAUCCUCCGUACGUGCGAGGCUGUUGGCAUCCAGGCGGUGUGGCUGGUGCCCCCCCCUUCGGGUGCAAAGUACCGUGCGACAAUGGUCCGAUCCCGGCAUGCUUCGAGAGGCGCUGAAAGGUUCCUGACACUGCGCCGAUUCACAAAUGUCGAGGAAGUUGCUGCAUGCUGCAAAGUAGAGGCUCGUGAGCUGUGGGCCUCCUACUGCCCGCCCAGGACAGAAGUUUCGGCUGCAGUGGCGGUGCCUUUGGUGCAGGGGUCUGUGCCAUCCCCGCUGCCUCGUCUGGCACUGGUUUGGCCCUUUUCUGGGGCGGUCGACAUGGUCAGAUAUGCCUUCCAAUGUUCAGGAGCGGCCAUGUUGCACGGUCUGCGCCUCGCGAGAGAUGAUGUCGGUGACGACGAGGGAGAACGCAUAACAGACACAGAGAACGAUUCAAUUCGGGAGAGUCAUGGCAUCGUGGGAGCUCUGAAAUCGGAGCUAGACACCAAGAUGCAGGAUCUCGGGCGCUUAAACAAGCGGCUAAGCACAGCAACGGCAUCCACACCCGCAGACCGUGUGGCAGAGCUCGACGGGCAGAUAACGCUUGUCGUCAGUUUGCGAGAGGAGGUUGAGAAGGGCCUGAGCCAGUUGGAGGAUGCAAGCGAGUCUCUGGCCAAUGUAGCUGCGACGAGCGCUCAAGCAGCUCAAGCCGCCCGCUUCCGGGAAACUCAUCAGGAGAUGCUUCGGGACUUUAAGAGAGUGGCCCAGAGCAUUGACCAGCAGUACCAGCAUGCAAGGUUGCUACCGCAGGCCAGAAAUAACUGGCCAUCAGAUGACGCCGAAGACGGCCUGAUGCGAGAACGAAUGGGCUUGAAUUCCUCGCUGUCCAUGGCGGAUGAUAUCAUUGGCCAAGCUACUGCCACACGAGAUAUGUUGAUGAACCAACGCAAUGAGGAGCUCCGGUCCUUGUCUUCCGAAGACACGGAAGAGCCAGAGGAUACCAUGGGCGAAAGUCGGGAUGAAGACGCAGAUAUGGUUGAGAAAGCAUCCUCCGGUCGGCUCUGUUCUUUGCCCGCGCGGAGCGUGCUUCUCACGCCUCUCGCACUGGACAGCUACCGAGGUUCAUUCCCUGCGUCCGUCGGCGUGGCACUUGGUGGCUUCGAUCCGCCCGGCCACUUCUUUGCAGGGAGGUCCCGGGCCUCCUCGGAGGCUGGGGCGGAAACGGCCCUCCUUCUCAACGAGUUUCUCGAUGGCUUGUUCUCGGCGAUGGAUGUCCGAGAUCUGCGAUUGAACGAAGAGGUUUGUGGCUGCCACCGCGUCUUUGACUUCUCUCCGGGCAUGGGUGAUCUGCUUCUUUCGCCCAUGGCACGGGCGGGCCUGAAGCAGCGGGGCCAUCUCGCGGCAGCAGAAUCCAACUCCGUUCCAGCUAUCAAGGAAGCACCUCCCAUUGCAAUCAGCAACAGGAGGAUCCUGUCACGAGUGGCUGGUGUCAAGAUGGACGACGCGUCGACCCAGUGGGGCCAGCAACAUGGAGUACCUCGCAAGCCGGAUGCUUACAGGCUUACAGAGCCCAAGACCACUUCACAAUCACCGACAGGGGCAUCACCCCCGAGAAGGCCGCCGAGUAUGACCAGAAGUACGAGGCCCAGUCAAAACGCAAACAGAGCACAGCCAGCGCCACACAGCAGGACCAGGAGGACGAACCCAUGGAGACGCAACAUCGGGCAGCUACUGCGCGACUCGACCGUGGUGUGA